UAGGCAGCACUGAUGGACACUGAUGGGCACUGAUAGGCAGCACUGAUGAGCACUGAUAGGUAGCACUGAUGGGCACUGAUGAGCACUGAUGGGUGGCACUGGGUGCACACUGAUGGGUGGCACUGGUGGGUGGCACUACUAGGCACUGAUGGGCACAGGUGGGUGGCACUACUAGGCACUGAUGGGCACAGGUGGGUGGCACUACUAGGCACUGAUGGGCACAGGUGGGUGGCACUAGGCACUGAUGGGCACAGGUGGGUGGCACUACUAGGCACUGAUGGGCACAGGUGGGUGGCAGUACUAGACACUGAUGGGUACAGGUGGGUGGCCCUGCUGGGC